CAAAAAGUCUCCAGGCUGCUUUAACUCAGGAGGGAACAGAUCAGAGGUCAGAUGUUUAGAGAUGUUUCUGAUGGUUCUGUUCUGAAGCCGUCAGCUGAUCCACCUGGACGUGUCCCAGAUGUCCCAGGUGUCCCAGGUGUGUCCCGGUCUCUUGCUGAGCGGUCUGGACUCGGCUCUGAGCCUCAGCGUGUUGUCCAGCAGGAACGUGUCUCUCAUCAUUAACUGCAGCGGACUGGAGGAUGUGUCCUACCCGCAGCUGGACGGCCUGCAGGUCCUCCACGUCCCCGUCCAGGACCGACCGCACGCUCCCCUGGACCGGUACUUCGACCUGGUGGCGGAGCGGAUCCACCAGAACCGGACCGGGACAACUCUGGUCCACUGCAGCGCCGGCAGGAGCCGAUCCCCUGCUCUGAUCAUGGCCUACCUGAUGAGGUUCGGGGGUCUCAGCCUGCGUGGGGCUCAUGAGCAGGUUCUGGAGCGGCGGCCGUUCAUCAGACCCAACGCAGGUUUCUGGAGGCAGCUGAUGGACUACGAGCGGACGCUGCUGGGCAGGAACUCUGUGCGGAUGGCGAUGACGUCCGGUGGCGUCCUGCCUGAAGCUCUGGAGGACGGCACGGUGGCGUACUGCAUCAACAUCUGAUCCACUU